AAACGCAUAGAGUAAGAGAAGGAAGGAAUAAGCCUCUUUUGUGUUUCCAACAUAGCUAUUUAGCAGAAGAAAACACACCAUCUAGUGGCCUCGUCUUCCGCAACCAUAAAAUGAAGCCCUUUUCUCUCAUUAUACAUGAAUUUGGUUCUACAUGCCUUCCCCUAUUUCUUCUGAUAAUUACUUUGAACUCACUCUGGUUUAGCCCAAACACAACUGCCUCUCAAUCAGGAAACCAGACUGACCAUUUGGCAUUGCUUGAAUUCAAGGAAUCAAUAUCCAAUGACCCAUAUGGUAUCUUGGUCUCUUGGAAUAGUUCUACCCAUUUUUGCAAGUGGCAUGGAAUCAUAUGCAACCCCAUGCAUCAAAGAGUUACUCAGUUGCACUUACAAGGUUAUCAACUGCAUGGUUCUAUAUCUCCACAAGUUGGCAAUCUCUCUUUUUUGAUAUAUCUCAACCUCGGAAACAACAGCUUCUAUGGAAAAAUACCACAAGAAUUGGGUCGAUUGUUACAAUUGCAAAUACUUUCCCUCGUGAAUAACUCGUUGACCGGGGAAAUUCCUACAAACUUGACAGGUUGCUCUAGUCUCAAAGACUUAUCCUUAUAUGAUAACAAUCUGAUUGGCAAAAUACCAAUUCAAAUUGGUUCUCUCCAUAAGCUUGAGCUAUUGUAUGUUGGGGGAAAUAAUUUAACCGGAGAAAUUCCACCAUUCAUAGGGAAUCUUUCAGCACUAACCGAUUUCUCGGUGCCUGAAAAUAACUUAGAGGGACAUAUUCCAAGAGAAAUCUGCCGCCUGAAGAACUUGACACUUGCAUCAGUGCAUAUGAACAAAUUGUCGGGUACAUUUCCUUUUUGUCUUUACAAUAUGUCAUCUCUUACUAUAAUCUCAGCUGCAGUAAAUCAAUUUAAUGGCUCUCUGCCACCGAACAUGUUCAGCACCCUUCCCAAUCUCCUUGAUUUUGGCAUUUUUCAAAAUCAAUUUUCGGGUUCAAUCCCAACUUCAAUCACAAAUGCAUCUGUCCUUCAAAUGUUUGAUAUUGGUCAUAACCAUUUCGUAGGACAAGUUCCAAGUCUAGGAAAACUACAAGAUCUUUUGGUCCUAUCUAUAGAAUUGAACAAUCUAGGUAACAAUUCAAUUAAGGAUUUGGAAUUUUUAAAAUCACUAAGCAAUUGUAUUAAGUUGCAAGAGUUAUCUUUAUCUUACAAUAAUUUUGGAGGUCGUUUGACAAAUUCCUUGGGUAAUUUAUCCACCCAACUCAAUCUACUGUAUCUUGGGGGCAAUCAAAUGACAGGAAAAAUUCCUGCAGAAUUAGGAAAUCUAAUUAAUUUAACUCUCUUGGGUAUGGAAGCUAACCAUUUUGAAGGUAUUAUUCCACCUGCUUUUGGAAAUUUUCGGAAGAUGCAAAUAUUAGAAUUGAGUGGAAACAAGUUAUCAGGAGAUAUACCAGCCUUCUUAGGCAACCUCAAUCAGUUAUAUUUUUUGGGUCUGGCACAAAAUUUGUUAGAAGGAACUAUUCCUCCAAGUAUAGGAAACUGUCAAAAGUUACAAUACUUAGACCUUUCCCAAAACAAUCUUAGAGGAACCAUACCCUUAGAGGUUUUUAGUCUUUCCUCUUUAACAAAUUUACUAGACUUGUCACACAACUCAUUGAGUGGUAGUCUACCAGAUGAAGUGGGCCAAUUGAAAAAUAUUGAUGUGCUAAAUGUCUCUGAGAAUCAUCUAUCUGGUAAUAUUCCUGGAACCAUUGGAGAAUGCUUAAUCUUGGAGUACCUUUAUUUGCAGGGGAAUUCCUUCCAUGGAAUCAUCCCAUCCUCUUUGGCUGCACUAAAAGGUCUUCGACAUUUAGACCUAUCACGAAAUCACUUGUCUGGAUCAAUUCCUGAUGUUUUGCAGAAUAUUUCUUUCUUGGAAUACUUAAAUGUAUCAUUUAACAUGUUGGAUGGUGAGGUACCAACAAAAGGUGUCUUUCAAAAUGCAAGCGAGUUAGUAGUGACUGGAAACAACAAACUUUGUGGAGGUGUUUCAGAGCUGCAUCUACUGCCAUGCCCUGUCAAAGGUGAUAAACAUGCAAAACACCACAAUUUCAGGUUGAUAGCAGCAAUAAUUAGUGUAGUUUCUUUUCUUCUCAUACUGUCAUUCAUUCUCACUUUCUACUGGAUGAGAAAAAGAAGCAGGAAACCAUCUUCUGAUUCACCAACAAUUGAUCAGUUGGCCAAGGUUUCAUACCAAAACCUACACCGUGGAACCGAUGGAUUUUCAGUAAGAAACUUGAUAGGAUCUGGAAGUUUUGGCUCUGUGUACAAAGGAACUAUCGAGCCAGAAGACAGAGUUGUUGCCAUAAAGGUCCUAAACCUUCAAAAGAAGGGAGCUCACAAGAGUUUCAUUGCUGAAUGUAAUGCACUCAAAAAUAUUAGGCAUCGAAAUCUGGUUAAGAUUUUAACAUGUUGUUCCAGCACAGACUACAAAGGUCAAGAAUUUAAAGCUCUGGUUUUUGAGUACAUGAAAAAUGAAAGCUUAGAAAGUUGGUUGCAUCCUGCAACAGAAAUUGUAGAUCAGCCUAUAUCACUAAGCCUUGAGCAAAUGUUAAACAUUAUUACUGAUGUUGCUUCAGCAUUUCAUUAUCUUCACUACGAAUGUGAUCAAGCUGUCAUUCAUUGUGAUUUAAAGCCCAGCAAUAUUCUUCUUGAUGAUUACAUGGUAGCUCAUGUGAGUGAUUUUGGCUUAGCAAGAUUGCUUUCAAGUAUUGGAGUCUCUCUAAUGCAAAGUAGCACAGUUGGAAUAAAAGGGACAGUUGGUUAUGCUCCUCCAGAGUAUGGAAUGAGUUCUGAGGUGUCAAUUGAAGGUGACAUGUAUAGCUUCGGGAUUCUAGUUUUAGAGAUGUUAACUGGAAAAAGGCCCACAGAUGAAAUAUUUAAAGAUGAUCAUAAUCUAUAUAAUUAUGUUCAAACUUCAAUUCCAAAUCACCUUUUGCAGAUUGUGGACCCAAUUAUUCUCUGCAAUGAGUUUGAGGAGGCUGCUAACAAUAAGAACUUUGGCCUUACAUAUCCUAAUGUAGAAAAAUGUUUACUUUCACUUUUUAGGAUUGCACUUGCUUGUUCAGUGGAAUCACCAAAAGAAAGAAUGAGUAUGAUUGAUGUUACUAGAGAGCUUAAUCUAAUUAAAAGUUUCUUUCCUUGCGAGGCUUAGUGAAGGCAAACUGCAUCACAACCAUAGGACACAUGGUGUAAAGGCACAACUAUAUUGUUGUUAUCAAUUAAUACUAGCAGAUGUUUUGUUUCCUUUGCCUCUUCUUGCUGGAGGGUUUUUUUUUUUUUUUUUUUUUUGUAAAAAAAAGUUGAGAUGAAUUGUUUAUGCAUAAAUCAAAAGUUAUGUUAUAUGAUGUAACAUAAUUUUUUUACACACACAAUUGUAUGUGGGCCUUAUCCCCUGAUUUUUCU